ACUAAACUACUACCUGCAAACAUAAGAACUAGUUUUCAUAAUUCAAUCAAGAUCACAACAUUACACAGCAGCAAUGGCAUCAAUCACCAUGACAGCAGCAUUCUUCGGCGGCAGCUCAGCCAUCGCGAACCGGUCUCCGGUGGCAACUCAGAGGAAACUGGUGGUGGCCAAUGCUGCCAAAGCAGUUGAAGGAGGAAAAAUGAAGGUGAAUUAUGACAAUGAAAAAGAAGAGACCAAUGGAAGGAGGAACAUCAUGUUUGCUGCUGCUGCAGCAGCUGUUUGUUCUGUUGCUGGAAUGGCUUUGGCUGCUGAUGAGCCAAAACGUGGUUCCCCUGAAGCUAAGAAAGCCUAUGCUCCUGUUUGUGUUACCAUGCCAACAGCUAGAAUUUGUCGCUACUAAGAGUGUUUUAGUCUUGUUUUUAAUUCUAUUGUAAUGAAAACAACAAUGGGGAUGUAAUGUUUUGGUUUCAUAUUUUGAUCCUUUCUUACUCUCUGUACUAAGUUGUUCAUGAAACUAUCAAUUUGCCUUGUCUAUGUUAUUGUUUGUUUGAUGUACAACCAAUUUUUUGGUUAUUCUAUGUUUGGAUUGACGGCAAA